UACCAUUUUACGUCAGACAAUUAAACAAUUUUCUGUAAAAUAUUAGGUCAGUUAUCUUAUUUAAUUCACUGUUUCUUAUUUUAGCUUGUUUUUUUUUGUCAUUUUAUUCACAGUUUCUUAUUCAAGAUGUUUCACACACCCAAUGACUACCGCAAUAUAUCCAUGAGACUUUCUGAGGUCUUAGACGAUAUUGCAGUUAAUGAAAAGAUGAUACUGAAGACAAGAAGGACAUCUGUACUGAAAGAAACCAGUAGAACAAUAUGGCACAGAGCAAGACAACAUCAAAUAACUAACUAUCAUUUUGGAAGUUGGUCAGAGGGUACUACAACACUAGGACUUAAAUCAGAUUCUGACCAUCUUUUCACUCAAGAUAAUUUCAAUGUGAUACAGGACUGGUCUGAAUGGACUCUAGGUAAGCAAAACUUGCGGAUGAUUCAGAAUGAAACAACCGCUCCUGGUUAUUGUCUUCUACAGAUGCUUAGACCAGAUGCUCCACUUCCUGAUACACAUGAAGAUGGUAAUUACUUUGUCAAGGACACAAGUGAACGAAUAUUGUUCAAGAAUACAGUGCUUGAUACCAUUAUGACUGGAAUAGCCCAGAGACAAGGACCAUCAUUAGCACAAACAAAUCUGUCUGGAAUGAUAGAUUCAGACACAGUAUCAGCAUUUCCUUGUACAUCAUGGCCACAAUCUGCUAAAGCCUGCCUGGAUAACUUGGAUGUAAACAAUUGGCCUACAGCUUUUAUGAAAAGAUAUAUAAAAACUACAAAGUGUUUUGUUGUUGCUGUUGGCAACAAAGUCAGCCAAAAUGAAGAUUUUGAAUGGAGACUUUCUACCUCAUUAGCUGAACGGUGCUUGAUGUUCAACUUGAACAUCACUCAAAUAAGAUGUUAUAUCUUAAUGAAAAUGAUUAUAAAAACAUACAUUAAUCUUGACAAUGAAAGUUACAUUUCCAGUUUCAUGUGCAAAACUGUUUUGUUUCACUGUAUAGCAAGUAAACCAUUAUAUAAAUGGAAGGAAUGUAACAUUUUAAACUGUUUAACAUACUGCAUACUUACACUGAACAGAUGUAUUUCAUGUGGGAACUGUCCACAUUUCUUUGAUCAUGAAAACAACUUGAUGGCAGGGAAGUUUUCAAAUAAAGUACAACAAGAGUUACUUCAAAGAACAGCAAACCUGAUACCAUGUGAUGGAAUGUCACUUUUUGGAAUUCAGAUUGACGAUGUUGGUAAAAGACUUCAGAUCAAGCUUAACAUAAUAGACAGAGUAAAUCAUAACAUUCCAGGCCCAGAUGAAUACACUAUGGAUAUUUCAUCUUUUUUACUACGACAGACAGCUAAAUGGAUUAUGGAAAUCCAUAAUGAAGAUAUUCAUGAAACAAAAGAUGCCAGUUUAGAAAUGGAAUUGAGAAUCCUGUUACAGAUACUCCAACAUUUAACAAGAUACUACAGGGAUGGUGAUAUGUCAGUAAAGGUAUCAGGCAGACUUCUAGCACCUCUAUUUUGCAGCUCUGUAGGGUCCCUGAUAGCAUCUCAAAACAUUCAAAUAAACAACACAGUUUCUCCUCAAGCACUAGCCUGGCUUGAAGCAGGACUGGACUCGGAUGUUGCUUCAAGCAGACUAAAACUUGCUUCUAUAUUGUAUUGUACAGGAGACCUGGAAAGAGCAGCAUUUAUUCUUAAUGAUGUAGAUCAACGAUAUAAUACGGAAGUUACUGAGCCUGUAUGUCGAUGCUACUGCUUUCCUUUAACACAUAUGAAAAUAGGAUUUAGUUUGAUUUCCAGUCAAUAUGAUGAAGAAGCAGUUAAGUACAUUGUUGCAUACUGUGUAACAUUCAGUCAACAUGAAAUAAACUGUGUACCGCAUGAACUUCAGUAUGAGAUGUUCAGAUCAACACAAGAGGAAAUUCAAAACAGAGGUUGGUAUGAUAACUGGAUGGACUGUGCUGUAGUAGACUCACUUCCAUAUCUUUAUUUUCUACAAUACAAAACAUCUGGCAACCUAAACAGGCCCGAGGAUCAGCAACAAGCACUUAAAAAAUUAAUGUGGGUGACUGAAACAGAGCCCAACCUUGCACACAGAGAAACAGCACUGAAUCUACUAGGACAGUGCAUGGAGCAAGAGAACAGACAAGAUAAUGCUCUACAGUGUUACAUGUUAUCCCUACAUAUAAGGGAAAGAAACAAUGCAGCAAGAAUUCAUAUGUGCAGGUGUUUGGGUAACACACAUUUAUAAAGACUCAUUAACUCAAACAGAUUUGCAUUUCUAUCUUAUUCUGUUUUUGUUUUUGUAUGUGUGUGUGUGUGUGGUGGGGGGAGUGGGGGGGGGGAGGUUUACACUGUCUUUCAACAGAAUUUAGAAUUUCAGUUAUGUAAUGGCAGGCAGUUAAACUAACCAGUGUUCCUUGGAUUCCAUACCAGUACAAACCUAUUCUCCGCAAGUAUCUGCCAACUUCUCUACACAAAUUAGAGGUGGAGGAUGAAUGAUUUAACACACAAUUUCUUCAAUCAAUUCGUCACAUAUGCCCCGCCCGAGGAUAUAAGUCAUGGCUUAUUCUGUUUUGCACAAUGGCAAUAAUAGACUAGUAAAAACUAGUAGAUGUAAAUAAUUGCUUAUACUUGUUCUUGUUCUGAGCCAAUAUUACAUUGUCUAUAAAGUCAAUACAGUGGAACCUGUCUAAUCCGAAAAUGGUCGGACCAGAAAAAAUGUUUGGAUUAGAGGGGUUUUCGGAUUAGAAAGGUUUCUAUGUUAGAACGAAAAAUUAGGCUAUUUGUUACACGAUGUGAAGAUUCAUCUUUUUAUGAAAAGGCUAAUAAAAAAAUAUAGAUUAUAAGCAACAUGCAAA